AUGAAUAUGAUGGCGUCAACAAACGACAUAGGUUUGAUCUCUGAGCGUAUUCGUUCUUCAACAGACGUUGACAUGAAUGAUAUUCAUUGUUCAACUAUCUGUGAAAAUGUUCUGUGGAAACCAGUCUCUUGUCAACAAUGCGAGACCCAUUUCUGUUUAAAAUGCAUUACAAAGUGGUUAGAAAAGAAUCCGAAUCAAUGUCCGUUACGAUGCGAUACUUUCGUUCAACGGCCGUGUUCGAAAUUUAUCGCAAGACAAUUGGCUAAAUUGCAAAUUGUUUGCGUUUAUCAACCAAAUGGUUGUAAUGAAGAUGUUUCAUAUGAUGCUCUGGAGAAACAUGAGCUAACCUGCAAUUACCGGCCGGUAAAGUGUACUAAUUGUUCAGAAGAAAUGCUACAGAAGGAUCUUACUGAACAUCGAUCCCGAUGUACAGCAGCUGUUACCACAUCUGGUAAUUGCACAAUGGUUUCCGAGUCAAACGAUGGUCCUACACAAUAUGCUGAUGAAAUCUAUCUUAGAGAACAAUUUGAACAAUUUAAACGUGAGUCACAACUGGAAAUUCAACGACUCAGAGAACAAAUUCAACAAACACAACAUGAACAAACAGCAGCCUUAGUCAUACGAGGCAUUAUUUCAGAUGAGAAUCAAAGACAGCGAACGCAUCUCAGAUCUACAGUUGAAAUAGAUCAACUUCAUAGAAAUCGUAUUGUUCCUGGUAAGAGCACAGAAGCGACGGGCAACGACAAAUUAUUCUGUACGGAAUGUCGUAAUGUUGUUUUGAGACCAGUGUGUUGUCAAAAUUGUAAAAAUAUAUUCUGCAACAGUUGCCGUCCUCAAAUUGGCUUUUUUAAUAAAAUCACAACAUUCUUAGGUGCUCAACGUCCUCGACAUGGAAGGAACAAUUGUGAAGUUUUCGAAGAAGGGUCACUACCUACUGACCUUGUCACUGAUCUAGCCAGAUUGUCAAUUCGUUGUGCAUAUGCUCCGAAUGGAUGUCAAGAAACGCCGUACUAUUACGAUUUGGAAGAUCAUGAACGGUAUUGCGAAUUCGAAAUGAUUCCAUGUCAAACUUGUCAAAUGCCUAUAUCAAGACGAUCACCGGAGACCAAGCAUAGCUUGCAAGAGUGCUUUGCAGUCAUGUACGAGAAGAAUCCUUCGGGAAUUCAGCAACAAUUUACGGCGCUUUUAGAUGCUACUGAGACUGUUCGAGCAGAAAAUCGUCGCCUGAAAGCAGUUGUUGAUAAUAUGAGAGGUGAAAUCAAUGAUUUAAAAGGCAGAUGCGAAAAGAAAACUCAUAAGAGAAAUGCGUAA